GUCGGACCCCACGCCCCUUGUUUCUCUCGAAGCACCCCCCCCGGGGGGGGGAGAGAGACCAUUCUCGCGCGCCCACCGUGGACCGAACGGACGACCUGCUUUUGUUCUUCCCCUUCUCCAGGCGUCCUUCUUGAUGUGCGGCUUGCCAUGUGCCCCGUGCGUGAGCAGUCAUGGGGCUCCUGUGGUGUGGGGGCUGCUUCUCCGACGCCUCCGGUGUGAAUGUGGUUGGCUGUGUUGAGCCGCACUUGCGAAUGGGCUUCUUCACGCGCCUCCCCGCCUUCCUCCGCCAGCCAGGCUCAGAGCACCACGCCGAGAUCGAGUCGAUUGGCAGCCUCUCCGAGCAGCAAAGCCAGCAACUUGAGGUCAUGAACAAGUCCCUCGACGAGCUGCUUGCCGAGCGUCGUUCCGCGGAGCGCGCCGCCCGCCAGAAGAAGAACGCCGAGAACAACAGCAACGCCCAGAACUCCACCCCCAGCGCCCGCCGCAACCGCAACCGCCGCCCCAGCCCCGCCUCUGUGGCGACGUCCGGCGGCCGUGUCGGUUCUCCCGGCGCGCCCGUCCCCCGCUUCCAGAACCACCAGCUGCUGCAGAACCAGCAGCUCAUGUCCACCCUUGCGGCCACUCUGCAGCAGCAGCAGCAGCAGCGCCCCGACGGCCAGGCUCCCCGUGCCUCCUCCAUCGUCCUGGUCUCCAACCUCAAGUACACUGUGACUGAGGCGGACCUGCGCGAUCUCUUCUCCAGCUUCGGCCCGAUCAGUCGCGUCACCAUCUUCCACACUGUUGAUGGGCGCUCGAUCGGCGAUGCUCAGGUGAACUUCCGCAACCCGGUGCACGCCGAGCGCGCCGUUAGCGACCUGUCUCGCGGGAUUGUCCUUGAUGGUCGCCAGCUCCGUGUGGCCCUGAAGCCCAUGCCGGUGGAUGCCUCGGCGGCUACUCCCAACCCGGCGGCUCUCCUCUCUCUGCUCCAGCCGCUGCUGGCCUCGGCCGCCGCUGGUAGCCGUCAGAACAGCGGCCCCCUUGGCGGCCACUCUGCUGCUGGCAAGGCCACUGUCGCUGCCCGUCGCCCUGGUGCCGGAAAUGCCGCGGCCGGCGCCGGCAAGGCUGGCAAGGCCAAGCCCCGGGCCAACGCCCCUGCCUCGACUGCCGGCAAGGCUGGGAAGGCUGCCCGCCGUGCCGACGAGCCUCGCACCAUGACCAUCGAGGAGCUGGAUGCCCAGCUGGCCGACUACCACAAGGGUUAA